AGCGUAGAAAAUGUUGUAUUGGUUUUACAGCAACUAUUAAGCUAACUGUAGGCGAUUGUUUAGUAAUCUCUGAUUCUAUAUACAACAGUAUAUAGUACAUACAAUACCUAUCAGACGUAGAAUUCUACUUAAUAUGAGAGUAAAUCUGUAUUAUCUAAUCCUGCUGCUCUUUUUGCUGGCGGUAGCUAAUGAAAUACAUGCGAGGAGAGGUGGAAGUGGGAGUAGUGGAGGUAGAGGUGGCGUAAGCAGAAGUGGUAUCAGCAGAACCAGUAGUGGAACCAGUAGAUAUGGUUUUAACAACAGAGGAACUUCUACAUUCAAUCAAGGAACCAAAAUAAAAAAGCCAAAGAAGCCCAAAAAGCCAAAAUUACCCAUUAAUUCGAAGACACUUAAAACGUUUGUCACGACAGCUGUUUUGUUAAAACUUGCCUCAAAAGGCAGGAAACGGAUUGGGUUCAAGCCGCCAUUGUUUUCUACUGGAUACACCCUCUACCGGGCUCGAUACCUUGGUUUAAGUUACAACGUUAAUGGCAAUCAGUACUGGACACCACAUUUGAUUCCAUGUUCAAAUCAACGGUGUUUGAAAAACUGUCUUAUAGUUCCUCUCAAUAUUGACAGUUUAGGGGAAUGCCGUGACUCGUUCCGUAGAUACGUGAACAACCAAACACGGUUCAAGUUCCCUGACGAAUACCCAAACACAGCACUUGUGCGCACAAGUCGGAGCAUCAACGUUUGUUGCAACAAAAACAAUAGUACAACAAGAGCAGAGGCUUCGUUCUAUGUUUUAAUGUUGUCUUUGCUUAUAGCAAUGCUACAUUAA